UAGCUGUAAUUUCCUGUCGAUUGCGACGAAAUGCUGCUGAAUACCUGAAUCGCGUCUAAAAAUGUCGCUGUUCAAGACAAAGGAAUGGUGGAGAACGCAGUGUGGAGUAAACGAGUCCUUCGACAGGCGCAGCCUGCUGAUCGUGCCGUUGUUUGGCGCCGACCGGAAGGAUGUCGUCGUCGUUGGUAGCCAUAGCGGAUUCCUUCGAAUAUACAGUCCGUCGUCGCAAUGGAUAGACGAGACCAAAUCGCCGAGCGGCCACAAGUCUGCGGAUUUGCUCAUCGAGACGCAAAUCGGCGAUUGUAUUGUCGAUACAAAGGCGGGAAAAUUUGUCUCAGGCUCGCAAGAUACUCGACUCGCGAUAUUGACAUCAACGAAACUCGUGAUCUACAGCAUCGUUUUGAUUCAAGGCUCCGUCGAACAUGGGGAUCGUUACGAUCUCGAAGUCGCUUACGAGCAUCCGCUGCAGCGAUUUCCGGCGUCUCUGACAACAGGACCGUUCGGCGGCGUGCGGGCCCGGGACUUUCUUUGCGUCCAGUGUCUGGACGGCACGCUUCUUUUCUACGAGCAGGAGACUCCCACCUUCAGCAUAGUUCUCAGGAAUCGGUUGCUGCCAGAGCCGAUCGUCUACGUUUCGCGGAACGACGUCUUCGUGACGCCAAGCUCUUCGUGGAUCCUCGAAUGCUACAGGUACAAGAGUAUGGCGGAAUUCGGCAACAAGGAUCGCUCAGAAGGGCCAAAGAACCUAGAGCCGGAUUGGAGUUACAACAUCGGCGAAGCCGUUCUCGACAUCGACGCCGUCACCCUGAGUAGCUUCGAGGUCGGAAUCCUCGUGCUUGGCGAAAGAAAUCUGUAUUGUCUGAACGACAAUUGCGUUUCCCUGAAGUAUACGAAAAGACUCGAGUACAAGGCCCUCUGCUUCCAAGCUUAUGUGAUAGAACCGGAUGGCAAGUUGAUGGUGCUCGUAAUCGCUGACACGAGCACCCUGAUGAUUUACGAGGGUACGACUCUUAAGUGGUCGGCUCAGCUGCCUCUUACUCCGGUGGCCGUAACUCGAGCGCAUUUUCAGCACUUAGACGGAGUGAUCGUCGUUCUCUCCGACGAGGGCCAACUGGAGGCUUGCUACUUGGGCUCGGAGCCGUCGUUAUUUAUCGCGCCUCCUCUUCAUCGCCGAGGUUACGAUUACGUGGCCGCCGAAGAUGAGCUCAUGGAGCUCCGCAAGCUGGCCAAGAGAAAUAAGGCUUCCGGCAAUCAGCUAAAUAACGUCACGAUGGACGCCGAGCUCAUAAUGUCUGUGACCGUAUCUCCGGAUUUGGAACCCUGCCCGCGCGGAAACCAGGACGACUCUAGAGACGACUCGGAGGGUCGUAAUUUAAUGUGCGGAAUCACUGUAGAAUUGUCCACAUACACGACGCUUCGCGACGUUCAAGUGUGCGUGGACGUCUCAAAGCCAUUCGUCGCCGAGAAAGAUUGCCACGUUAUUUCCAAUCUUUGUGACCGGUACGUUCUACGCACGACGAUCUACGCGACAGCGGAUCUACCGGCGAUGUCGUCGGACGUGAGAAUCACGGCGAGCUACGAGACCGGGGAUCGUGGGAGCCUGCGCGUACUUCAGAAAACGGCCCAACUGCCCCUGAAGAUGAUGCUGAGGGCCUGCCCACCCGAGAACACGUCCACCUUCACGGCGACCAUCAAGUGCAGCGAGCCCCUUGUCGCUUUCAGCCAACUGUUUCCCGAGCUCACAGGAGACGUACAAAGGCAAAACUGGAACGCGCUCGGCUUGCAGCACGUGCAAACUAGCAGCGUGGUGACAAUCAUUUCCGGUACUACUAGCAAUCGAUAUCGAGUGCAAUCGAACGACGGGCUCGCAAUGGCCUUGGUGGCCCAGCAGCUGGUAAAUAGGCUCAAAGACAAGGCCACUGGAAACUUUACGACCACCAUUGCGCAAAACCACAUACAGUUAGUGCAAUCUCAGAUGGAGGCGCAUUUUCGUAGCCGUCUGAAAACCGACAAAAUCGCGAACGAGAUCGGAUUGGUGUCGACACAGUUAAGGAACAUCGAGAGGAAGAUGCUGCGCACCGUAAGGGAGCGGAGCACCCGAUCUCUGACCACGACCGGACUGCCGUUCCUUUUGGAGUCAACCUCUCACGCGCUCUCCACGCUCUUGAAUGAUCUCGCGGUCGCGCGAGCGGAACGGGAACGCACCGGCCACGGUCUGCGGUGUGCCGUGAGGUUACUGCUCCUGCUGUUGCGGCUCAAUGUAAACGAUGAUAAGUACGCGAUGCUCGAAGCCGCGAUCGGGUUCGAGCCGCAGCUGCGCGACGAACUCGACUGGGAAGAGAUCGCCGACGCCGGCUUGUGCGUCUUGCUGCGGUCUACAUCAAGAAAAUCUACCAGCCACCUGGACGCGAAACCCGCAACGUUGAGCAAGAUGACAUCCACCAAAGAAUUCGCGAAGCUGAAGAAACGUCUGAUUCAUGUAGUCGAACGCCUCGACAGCUACCAAGAAUCCGACAUGGCGGAAAACGAACAGCUAGAGGCUAAUAAUCGCGCUUCUUAGAGAUCCCCGUGUCGUUCAAUGCAUUUUGAUUUAUAAUGAUAUUUAAAUUUUGGAAGAAAUGGUAUAAUUAAUUUCGUCAAUCAAUUAAAAAAAAGAACGUAGAGAACAAAAUUCAGCUUUUGUCAAAAGAUCACGAAAUCCAUCAACAUGAUUAAUUAUUUCAUCAUCUUUAGCUAAAUCCCCAGAACUUACUGCGCAUAUUGGACAUCUUAAAUCUAUUAAAUCUAAGCUGUUGGAUCUUAGCUCU